AUGGCGCCCAAGAAAAAAAUCGCCGUCAUGACGUCCGGCGGCGACGCCCCGGGAAUGAACGCAGCUGUUCGUGCCAUUGUCCGCAUGUCCAUACAUCUGGGUUGCGACGCAUUCUGCGUCUAUGAGGGAUACGAGGGCUUGGUGCAGGGAGGAAAAUUCAUCAGGCAAAUGCAAGCAGAGGACGUCCGCGGCUGGCUCUCAGAGGGCGGAACGCUGAUUGGCACGGCACGGUGCAUGGCGUUCUACGAGCGGCCCGGACGUCUCACCGCGGCCAAGAACAUGGUGCUCAACGGCAUCGACGCACUCAUCAUCUGCGGCGGAGAUGGCUCGCUGACGGGUGCCGACAAGUUCCGCGCCGAAUGGCCAUCGUUGCUAGAGGAGCUUGUGAGCAAGGGCGAGCUGAAGAAGGAGCAGGUCACCCCUUACCAGCACCUUAACAUCGUUGGACUCGUGGGCUCGAUUGACAACGACCUGUCUGGAACGGACGCAACGAUUGGUUGCUACUCAGCUCUGUCUCGAAUUUGUGAGAUGGUCGACUAUAUCGAGGCCACAGCUGCGUCACAUUCCCGCGCCUUUGUGAUCGAGGUUAUGGGAAGGCAUUGCGGAUGGCUCGCACUGCUCGCCGGAGUUGCCACUGGCGCAGACUUUAUCUUCAUCCCGGAGCACCCCCAGGAGGGCAACUGGAAGGAGGGGAUGUAUGCCGUAGUGGAAAAGCACCGAAAGUUGGGCAAGCGCAAGACAAUCGUGAUUAUCGCCGAAGGUGCCAAUGACCGCAAUGGCAAGAAAAUCACACCCGAGGAGGUCAAGAAUCUGUUGGCAGACAAGAAGGGUCUGGCAUUGGACACAAGAAUUACUACACUGGGACACGUCCAGCGUGGUGGACGAGCGGUUGCUUACGACCGCAUCAUCGCAACACAGAUGGGCGUAGAGGCUGUUAGGGCCGUCAUCGAGGCAACACCCGAGACAGAGACUUGCUUUAUCGCCGUAAACGAAAACAAGAUUGUCCGCAAGCCUUUGAUGCAGGCAGUGAAGGAUACGAAAAGGGUGGCCACCGCGAUUGAGGCUCAAGAUUUUGACCUUGCUAUGUCGCUUCGUGAUUCCGAGUUUGCGGAGCAGUACCAAUCGUUCCAAAUCAUGACCACACCGGAACCAACUCUGCUCCUGCCAAAGGAGAAGCGUAUGAAAAUUGCCUUCAUCAACGUUGGUGCUCCAGCAGGCGGCAUGAAUGCGGCCGUCCGCGCCGGUGUGAUGUGGUGUCAGGCCCGAGGUCAUGAGGCCGUUGCUAUUCACAACGGUUUCGCAGGAUUUGCCAGGCACCAUGACGACAAGCCCCUUGGCGCCGUUCGGCCGUUCGAUCCGCUUGAGGUGGACGGAUGGGCAAGCAGGGGUGGAUCAGAGAUCGGCACAAACCGAGAGGUGCCCAGCCAGUCAGGCAUGGAACUGAUCGCGAAACUAAUUGGGCACUACGCCUUUGAUGCAUUGUUUGUCAUUGGUGGGUUUGAGGCCUUCCAGGCCGUUUCGGAGCUCCGGAGGGCACAAGAGCAGUACCCUUCACUCCGAAUCCCCAUGGCUUUGCUGCCAGCGACUAUUUCCAAUAACGUUCCGGGUACGGAGUACUCACUGGGCUCCGACACAGCCUUGAACGCCUUGGUAGAUUACAGUGACAUGAUCAAGCAGUCCGCGGCAGCCACAAGGCGACGUGUAUUCGUCAUCGAGACGCAGGGUGGCAAGUGUGGUUACCUGGCUACCUUGGCCGGCAUGGCCUGCGGCGCAAGUGCUGUUUACACCCCCGAGGAGGGGAUUAGCCUCGACAUGCUGGCUGCAGAUGUAGCCCACCUAAAGGAGAUCUUUGCGCAUGACAAGGGACAGUCACGGGCCGGCCGCCUUGUUCUUGUCAACGAGAAAGCCAGCAACGUUUACAAUGCCAAGCUCAUCGCCGAUAUCCUCCGUGAAGAAGCUCACGGCAGAUUCGAGGCUCGCGACAGCAUCCCCGGCCACGUGCAGCAGGGUGGCGUACCUUCUCCUAUGGAUCGCUCGAGGGCUGUUAGGCUCGCCAUCAAGUGUAUCCAGCACCUGGAGCAGUAUGGUCCGAAGCCGCAGGAAAAGGUCAAGGCGGACCCCGGGAGCGCCAGUGUCAUUGGAAUUCGUGGUGCCGAUGUCGUCAUGACGCCGAUGAAAGAGGUGGAGGACAAGGAGACGGACUGGCCCAACCGCCGUCCCUUGAACGCUUUCUGGACCGAGAUGAAAGAGAGCGUCGAUAUUCUGGGUAACCGAGGCCCUUACCCCAGGCCUGAGCCCACUUUGAAGGGACUCAAGGCUAAAGAUGUCAAACGUGGACUGGAGUAG